CUCUAAAAAUGCUGCAACCAAACUAAUUAGACGUCGGCGAAUAACAACAAUGAUCGGUGGCUCGUGCUUGAAAACGCCCACGGAAACGAAACGUAUAAUCAGUUCAAAUCGGAAUUGCCGCAAUACUGCAGACACUAUCAUUCACAGAUAGAAAGUGAUGAAGGAGGUGUACCAACCCUGUACAACUACGGAUCAAGAUAUUGUCGAAAAGAAAGAAUGUUCUCCGUUUCGAAAAAAGCUUCAGAAGUACAUACCAAUUCUUGAAUGGCUGCCAAAUUAUCAAUGGAAAGAUCAUUUUCAUGGAGAUGUCAUUGCCGGUCUGACUGUUGGAAUUAUGCAUGUUCCACAAGGAAUGGCGUAUGCUAGUUUAGCAGGAGUACCACCAGUUUAUGGAAUGUAUUCAUCGUUUUUUGCGAGCACAAUAUACAUGUUUUUUGGUACUGCACGACAUAUUUCAAUUGGCGUCUUCGCAGUAGCUUCAAUGAUGGUAGGAGCCGCAAGACUUCGACUGGCUCCAGAUAUUCCAAUUUCCAACUCAUCUGAUAUCAAUCCUUCUGUUUAUCCCCUUGGUGAAUACGUGGAUCCUCUUGUAUUUACAAGUGCUCUCACUCUUCUUGUCGGAGUUGUUCAAAUCAUAAUGGGUAUUCUUCGUCUCGGAUUCCUUACCACAUAUCUAUCUGAUUCAUUGGUAUCUGGUUUUACAACUGGUGCUGCUGUUCAUGUUUUCACUUCACAACUCAACAAAGUGUUCGGUAUCAAAUUGCCACGUCACGAGGGAAUUGGAAUGAUUGUUCGAAUGUAUAGAGAUAUGAUAAUGUCUCUAGGAUCAGUGAACUUUGUUGCACUUGGAAUUUCUAUUUUUGGAAUACUUUUUCUUGAUUUGGGUAGAACAUACAUUAAUCCUAUUGUGAAAAAAUUUUCACCAAUUCCACCUCCACUUGAACUUAUCUUGGUCAUUUUUGGAAUUGUGAUUUCAAUGAUUUUCAAUCUCGAUGCUGAAUAUCAUGUGAAGACAGUUUAUGAAAUUCCACGUGGAUUCCCAUUGCCAUCAAUUCCACGUCUCAAUUUCCUCCCUGCACUUCUUUCUGAUGCAAUUCCAAUUGCAGUUGUCUGCUACAUGUUCGUCAUGUCCAUGGGAAAAUUGUUCGCUAAAAAGCACAAAUACAAGACAGAUGCUACUCAGGAAUUGUAUGCAAUUGGUAUUGCAAGUGCACUAUCCUCAUUCUUCCCAGUAUACCCUGUUGGCGCCUCGUUGUCUAGAUCAUCGGUUUGUGAAAUGUCAGGUGCCAAUACACAACUCUACACAAUAUUUUCUUCCUUUUUACUUCUGACCGUUAUUCUUCUAUUGGGACCAUUCCUCGAGCCACUUCCAAUGUGCAUAUUGGCGUGUAUUGUCAUUGUUAGUUUGAAAAGUCUAUUCAUGCAAGUCAAGGAAUUACCAAGGCUCUACAGGAUAAGCAAAUACGAUUUUGCAAUCUGGCUAGUCGCAUGCCUUUCAACAAUAUUCACUGAUGUUACCACUGGUUUGGUAAUUUCUCUUGCCUUCUCUCUCUACACUCUCGUUCUCCGUCAACAAUGGCCAUCGUUCUCUACAGUUUUGCAUGACGAAACUCCACGCCAAAACGUCCCUGAAAAUGUCAAAAUUGUAAAAUUCGCCGGAUCUCUUCAUUUUGCAAAUGUGACAGCGUUCCAAGAUGAUAUGGGAGAAGCUAUCGGAAAACUUCCAGAAGAAGAUCCAUUAAUUGAUGAACGAACUAUUAUCCUUGAUGCUAGUUCAGUUGCAUUUAUAGAUAUAAUGGGAGUGGAUGCUUUGCGAGAUGUUUUCAAAGAUGCUUUGAAACUUGGUGUACACGUUUUUUAUUGCGGACUCCCAGAAGAUGUACUCUCUGUUCUAUCCAAUGAUGAGAACUUUCUUUCAGUUGUACCACCUUCUACAUUCUUUCCUUCAAUUGAUAGUUGCCUCAUCUCUUUUGUACAUCAGCAAAGUGUAUAAUUCUAAGAUGUUUCAAUCCUACGAUAUUCAUGAAAAUUCUUUGAAAAACAAUUUUGUAUCCAUGAAACCUUGAAGGGCUAAACUGAAGUUUUCCAUAAUAUAAAAUGUAAAUUUUAUUUUUUUAGACUGGAAAAUCUACAAUACGAGAACUACAUCUUGUUCGCUAAUAUCAAAUUGUAUCUUAAAAUCAUUUUGAAUUCCGAAAAGUUGAUCAUUCCAUUUGAAUUUUGUGCACCACAUAUCGAUGUUAUUAAUUAAUACUAACAACCAUUAGUAAUAAAUAAAUUUGUUCAUUAUUUUG